AUGCUCAAGCGACAGUCUGUUUGUAUCAACGAGAAUGACGGCGACGCGCAAACUGCAAACUCUCCUACUGCGUCAGAGAAGUCGGGAAUCGAAACCCUUCUCCACGAGCCGUCGGAGGGCAACCCCACACCAAGCGCCUCUGCUUCCCUAUCUCAAAUUAGGAAUGCCAACACAGUCGUGCCAUCCACUGAGGAUAGUCUACGGAACGAACAAGAAUCAAUUACGCAAUACGUCACGGGCUACAAGCUAGCCGGACUUGUUACUGGAAUGACAGUGGCGAUCUUCCUGAUUUACUUGGACAACUCCAUCAUCAGCACUGCCACUCCAAUCAUUACUACUGAUCUACACGAGACGGCGGAUAUCGGCUGGUAUGCAGGGGCUUACACGCUCGUGUCUGGUACCCUGCAGCCCCUAGCAGGGAAAUUGUACAUCUUCUUCCGGAAAAAGUUCGUUUUCCUAACCUUCCUUUUCGUCUUCGAAAUAGGCUCUCUUAUCUGCGCGUUGGCGAAAUCUUCUCCCAUGUUGAUCGCCGGCCGAGCCGUUGCCGGGGCUGGCUCCUCCGGCCUCAUGAACGGAGCUUGGACUAUCAUUGGUACUUCAGUUCCCCUGGCCCAGCAACCGUGGAUCACGAUGGGAGUUGGUCAGAUGGCCCUGAUCGUGGGCCCGCUCAUUGGGGGAGCGCUCACUCAAUACGUUUCUUGGCGAUGGUCUAAAGAAUACCACCCAGGCUUCUACAUCAACCUCCCCAUCGGCGGCUGCGCUGCAAUUUUGAUCGUAUUCAAUACUAUUCCCGACACCAAGGGGCAAAAUACUUUCUCUCUUGGACUCGUCCGCAGAAUGUUAUCUAGCCUCGAUCUUGGUGGCUUUGCGCUGCUCGCGCCAGCCAUGACCAUGUUUCUGGCGGCUUUGCAGUUUGGGGGAUCGGAUCCCAACCACCCCUGGAACAGUUCGCUAGUCAUCGGCCUCUUCUGCGGCGCCGGAGCGUCUACCGUCAUGUUUGUCGUUUGGGAAAGGAGGGUGGGUGACACAGCCAUGAUUCCCGGCUCCGUCAUCCGUCGCCGAGAAGUUUGGUCCAGUUGUGGUCAUAUCUUUAGCAUGGCCUUCAUUGUCUUUAUUGCUAAUUACUUUUUGCCUGUUUAUUUUCAAGCCGUGAAGGGUGUGGGGGCAACAAGGAGUGGUCUGUACAUGCUUCCGGGAAUCUUGAGCCAGUUGGUCUUCAUCAUCCUGUCUGGAGCUGCCGGGUGUUGGCCGAGGCGCUGCAUUGACAAUGCUAUCCAGUGUGCCCUGGGAAGCGACCUGGUCGCCAUCUCCAUGUCCCUUCUCAUUUUUUUCCAGAACUUGGCAGGUUCUAUUGCCGUGGUCAUUGCUACUACUAUCUUCACCCAAAGCCUGCUGAAGGAUUUACCGGUCCUCGCUCCCUCGGCGUCUCCGGAAGCCGUCGUCAGCGCGGGAACGGGGGCAGACGCUGUACGCCGCUUACUUCCAGCGGGAAGUCCCGAGCUCGAGGGGCUGUUGCAGGCGUACUCGUAUGCAAUUGACAAGACUUUCUACGUGGUAGCUGGCUUUGCGGUGGUGUCCAUUGGCUUCGCCCUGUUCAUGGGGUGGGACGAAGUCCGGCGCAAGAAAAGGGCCGAAUCAGCAAGCGGCAGUCAAGCAAAACCCGAGGAGGAGGUUGCGGGGGUUUAA